AUGACAACCGCAACGGAAUUGAAGCAAAAGGGUAACGAGGCGUACGCAGCAAAGCGCUUUGAAGAGGCACUGAAAUACUACGAAGAAGGGCUCGCGCUCGAUGGUGGGAACAUCGACCUUUUAAAUAAUGCUGCGGCCGCAAGCUUUUCCCUCGGAAGAUGUGAAGCCGCUAUCUCGUUUGCGCGGCGCUCACUCGGUGUUCGAGACAACUUCAAGGCACAUAAACGAGUGGGUGAGGCAUUUUGGAAAAUGGGAAAUUUAAGGGAGGCCGCAGCAGAAUACGAAAAGGCGCUGGCGUUGGAACCUACCGACAGCAGUAGUCGGGAAAAUUUGCAAAAGCUACGGCAAGAAAUGAAUCGGGGACAGGCGCAGUUUGGUGGCUCACCGGUGGUCAUGCCCCAAAUUACACCACAUGGUACGGUAGGAUUGCUUGUUGACACUUUAGUGUUAGUUCUUUCCUUUGCGGCGCUCGCUUCUUCACUCAUUGGGGUGAACGGAAGCUCCGCUUGGUUUUUGCUAUUGAUAGCCGCUGCCGCGCGCCACGCUGUUAUCGCACAUUCCAGGCACAUGCUGGUUCCCGACUUGUCUAUACUCAAGUCGUGGUUUGACGUGCGCUGCACUUUGGACUUGAUUCUCUGUCUUGUGGCAUUGAUCUCAGGAGUUCGGGCGCAACUUCCACUUGUCGUCGUUCAGGGCCUCUACAGUGCACUCUCUCUCGCUACUAACUUCUCAAGAGUGCAGCAGGUUGCACCAGCAGCUUAUCAAGCGGGGUUGCGCUACGCGCAGUCGAUAACUUCAAACGCUCAAAGACUCAUUAUGCAUGCGGUGUCGUUGGAGGCUAUAAUGCUGUUGACUGUUAUAUUCUCUGGGGGAGCCAUCUUCACGCUCUUCUAUAUACAAUACGCCAAGAACUUGUAUCGCAUUGAUGGAAACGUACGGCUUGCGUUCUACGGAAUUCGGGAGAAUUUGACUCAGCUCGCCCGUAAGGGGUUCAUGCCGGCUUUCGUAGACUCAACGUUACAGAGGGUUUGCGACACUCUGUACCAGUUCUCUCAGCAACCGUUUUGA